GAAGAGAAUCAAAGUGAGGAAUUAGCACACUCAUUACGAGAUUGAACGCCGCCUUUCUGUUUCUUUUCCUUUAGAUUUACAGCAACGUGUGUUGGUAAAACAAUUCUGAACGUGCGUGUGUUGCGGGAGGAAGUGCCCAGACAAGGUUUUGGUGUAGGAGUUCACAAAGAACGUUGAAAUGUCGGGCUCCUCGCCAUUUGGGAUGCGGGUGGUUCAUUUGGACCUUAAAGGAGCACCACCAAAGGUCUCGUACCUCUCGGAGAUUUUUCCUCUGUUCCAUGCCCUGGGUGCAAACGCCCUCCUCAUUGAAUAUGAAGACAUGUUUCCCUACGAGGGCCACCUAAAGCUGCUGAGGGCCAAACACGCGUACAGCCCCUCUGAAAUCAGAGAGAUCCUGUACCUGGCCAGACAGAGUGAGCUGGAGGUGAUCCCUUUGGUGCAGACGUUUGGGCACAUGGAGUUUGUGCUGAAGCACAACACGUUCGCUCACCUCCGGGAAGUGGCACUCUUCCCCAACACUCUGAACCCCCACGAGGCGGAGUCGCUAGUGCUGGUGGGAAGCAUGGUGGACCAGGUCAUGGAGCUGCACAGGGGUGCCCGGUGGCUGCACAUCGGUUGUGACGAGGUCUAUUACCUUGGGGAGGGGGAGGCCUCGAGGCAGUGGCUGCAGCAGGAGCACAACAGCAAAGCCAAACUGUGCCUGUCCCACGUGAGGGCCGUGGCCAGCCACGUGCUCGCCCGGCACCCCGCCACGACGCCCCUGGUGUGGGAUGACAUGCUGCGAGACAUGCCCGAGGACCUUCUGGAAGAGUCGGGCUUGCCGCACCUGGUGGAGCCAGUGCUCUGGGACUACGGGGCCGACCUGGACGUCCACGGCAAGGUCCUUCUCAUGGAAAAGUUCCAGAAGUGCGGCUUUCCCCGGCUCUGGGCUGCAAGUGCAUUCAAGGGGGCCACAGGGGCACACCAGGCGCUGACCCCCGUGGAGCACCACCUCCAGAACCACCUGCAGUGGCUGCGGGCGGCACGGGCCGGGCCAGCUGGGGUGCUGCAGGGCAUCGUGCUGACCGGCUGGCAGAGGUACGACCACUUCGCGGUGCUGUGCGAGCUGCUGCCUGUGGGGAUCCCAUCGCUGGCCGUCUGUCUGCAGUCACUGCUGCAAGGAGGCUUCAGCGAAGAGGUGAAAGACAGGGUGGAAUGCUGCCUUGGGGUUGCGAGUCUGGACAUAGCCAACUUUACGUGCAGGGAGGGCGCCGGCUCCUUCCCUGGCAGCGACAUUCUCGCCCUUGUCACUCAAGUCAGCCUCCACCUGCGGAGCUCCGUGGAGGCCCUGCUGGACGGGAACAGGUACGUGACUGGCUGGUUCAGCCCCUACCACCGCAGGCGGAAGGUCGUCCACCCCGUCAUGGUGCAGCACAUCCAGCCUGAGGUGCUCAGCCUCCUGGCCCGCUGGGGCGCCCUCGUGCAGGAGCUGGAGGCCGCCCUGAAACGCAUUUUCUACCCGGAUGCCGUGGAGGAGUGGCUCGAGGAGAACGUGCACCCCAGUCUGCAGAGACUACAGGGCCUGGCCCAGGACCUCAGCGAGGCUGCCGCCCCUCCAGCCCCACCAGCCAGCCCCACGACCAGGCAGGGCCCCUGAGGACAUGCAGGAACCCCACAAGACAGGGCCCCUGAGAACACACGGGGACCCCAUGACCAGACACAGCCCGAGAACACACGGGGACCCCCCCCACCCUUGUGCCCUGGCCUGAGAGCACAGACCUCCCCCUGCCCCCAGCCGCGUGCAGGGGCACUUGGGGGCGGGAAUCAUCCAAGUGGAAAACAGGAAAAGGCACCUCAGAAGCUGUGCUGUGACCUGCACAUGGAGGUGGUUACUGCUUUUGAACUGAAAAGAGCGUGAGAACUACAAAUCACACUAAUAUGAGUCUGAAAACAGUAUUUUAUUAUUGUCUGGUUUUAUGCUUGGUUUUCAGUGGGGGUCUUCCAACACCGCCUUGUGCUGUCCCGAGAGACCCUUCCCCU